AUGACGAUUUUCUCGUACAUAAUUCCAUUAAACGAAAAUAUAAAUCAUCAGACAACCAAGAAUGAAUAUUCCAAAGGAAAGAGCCUGGAGAACAAUCUUGAAAAAAACAAAAAUUUCAUUUAUCAAGAGUCAUGGUUAUUGAAAUUAGAAUGUUUACAAUGUCCUGAAAGGUUUGAAAGGUGGAGUAAAAAACUCAUCGAAAAAAAUCACAGCGUGGUAGAAAACAAAAAUGGGAAGGAUGUUAACCUUUUAUGGGUGAAGAAAACUGAUGUAGACGUUGUGCAGAUAAAGGAGGCGGAAAAUCAAAAUUGUGAAAGAGAAAAGAUGAAAGAAUGGAUGAGAGAAAGAAUGGAAGAUAAUGAGUGGCUGAGAGAAUGGAUGGAUGAUGUGGUUGGUUAA